AUGUAUCGUCUUAGCAGACUCAGUCGACAUCAAGGAGGACGACAAUGGAUGCAGAAACAAUCUGGAGAUCCAUUUGUAGCGGAGGCUCGUCGGCGUGGGUAUGUGGCUCGCAGUGCUUUUAAACUUAUUGACAUGGAUGAUAAGUUCGGUCUCUUCUCCCGUCAACACACACGAGUUGUGGUGGAUAUUGGUUGUAGUCCCGGAAGUUGGCUGCAAGUAACCCGUGAACGUUGUGGAGAUCACUGUGCACUCUUUGGAGUUGAUCUUUUACAAGUAUCCGCGCGAGUGCCUGGAGCUGUUUGUAUUCAAGGCGAUUUCACCACAGGAAAGGUCCAGCAAGAAUUGCUUACUCGUAUGUCUAGUGUAAAUGCCAAAGGUAUGGUGAAUGUGGUCAUGUCGGAUAUGUGCCUUAACCGCGGAACAGGUGGUACAGACGAUAGACAGAAACAAAUGCAACUGAACAUGGAGGCACUUGCCUUUGCCACAUCUCAACUAACACACGGUGGUCACUUUCUCUGCAAAGUGCUUGGCUCACCAACGGCGUAUGAAGAACUGCGGGAGGAGGCGCAGCGGUGGUUUCUGAAAACGGCUAUCUGCAAACCAUCAUCAAGCCGCCGUGGGAGUGAUGAGUCUUUUAUGGUGUGUCUUGCGAAAAGAGAAGUUCCGCAGCCACGAAGAUGUGGUGAGAGAGAAAACCGUCAGGGUUUUGGACUUGACGACUGGCCCGGAUUUAUUCGCAGACCAAGGCGGUGA